AUGCUCGUUCUACAGCAAAAAGCUGCCCUUGCGAAUGAAAAGCAGCUUUGCAGACCGGCCUCCGCUUCCAUCGUGGUCUCCAAUCUUUGCCUGCAGGUGCUGUGGGAUGCCUUAGGCAUCGAAGGCACUGGAUCCCAAUAUGAAUCUCUGAAACCUUCCAAAGCUGAUGUGUUUAUCAGCCAUUCCUGGUCGUGUUCAACUUGGAUGAAAGGCCUGGCAGUGUGUCACUAUUUGAAUCUCGACAUGGCCAUUCUCUCAUCCCACCUUACGACCAUGCUUGGGGUUUUGAUCCUCCUCUUCUUUUCAGGCAGCUUUAGUGGUGUGGCGCAGUUGGGUUGCGGCCUUGUUGGCGGCGCCUUAAUCGGCUGGCCGGUGACGGCGUUCCUGAUCGUCUACUUCUUUGGGCAUGUGGCAAUCCGCAAGAAAUUCUGGCUCGAUCGAGUCUGUGUGGAUCAAGAUGAGCAAGACCUGAAGUUGCAGAUUCUUCAAGCGCUUCCUUGCUUUGUGGCCCAGUCCGCGCAAGUACUAGUUCUUUGGGACGCCACCUACUUUGAAAGAUUGUGGUGCAAUUAUGAGCUUGCGGUGCACGCUAAGACGUGUACCUCCACAGACUCUACUCAGCUGGUACCUUUGUGGAUGCCUCUUUGGACUUUGGCCUGGUUUAUUGUUUCUACUCUGACCGCUGCUCUAUGUAUUGGAACACAGAGUGCGCAGAUUGCUCUGGAGUCCAGAGCUUCGAUCUUUGCCUCUCAGUUUUAUUCUACCGUAUUGCCGUCCUAUGUCUACUUUGUGUGCGCUCUGCCCUUUGCAUGGUUUUGCAUCCGGAAGCUUGACAAUCACAAGCUCAUGAUGGAUCAGAUUGCACAUUUCGACCUCAGGAAUGCAAAGUGUAAAGAGGAGGCUGACCGCAAACUUAUUGAAGAACAAGUCGUGCAGCUUUUUGAUGAGGCUCUUGACGCCCCCUUAGAGGUUUGCUUUUGUGACAUACCGCCCUCCAAGACGGAGCAUUGCACCAAUGACAAAAGGCCGCUUGUUUCACCAGAGGACCUUCGCGACUUCCGUCACAUCACCAGCUACCCGACUCCUGAUCAGAUUGUUGAUCAGUUCAACUCUUAUGUGAGAGGCCCACUGUGUGAUAUCAUAGAGGCAUCGGUGGGGAACGAGCAACACGUGUCUGCCAAGUUGUGUUGGGUUGGCAUGUUUCCUGUAUUCCUUUCGGCCCUGGUCACAGUGCUGAGUUGCGACGGACGGUCUGACUGCCAAACAUCCGCGGACUAUGCAGGCUUCCGUUCGGUGUCACAAUAUAUGGCCACGAAUGCAAUGAUGAACCUGGUAUUUAUGCCUUUGGUCACCAUGCUGGGCUUACCAUUGAUGCUUCGGGCCAACUCGCUGACUACUGGCUACAUUGAAAGCAGCUGGUUGCAGAUGCUUGCAGGGUCCGUUCUGAGCGGCUUGGUGCUGAAGGCGACAAAUGUCCUGAUGUACUCGCAACGUGGCAUGAUGCUGGUAGUGGCAACUCGAUUUUCGGCCUGGUGGCUGGUUGGUCUGACGGCCAGUGUUUUGCUAGAGCUUGUGCUAUGGUGGCUUCUGUUUCGAAGAAACCAGCCACACCUGCCCUUGGCACGGUUGCUUUCACAAGCAUAUUGA